AUCGUGAACCAUGGCAGACAUGCAGAGCCUGGUUGAACGGCUGGAGAAGGCUGUGGUGCGGCUAGAGGGCAUGUCCCGGGGCCCAGGCACAUGUGGAGAUGGCUCUCCCAAAGGAGUAGCACAGUACGUGCAAGCUUUCGACUCCCUUCUGGCUGGUCCAGUAGCUGAAUAUAUGAAGAUCAGCAAAGAAAUUGGUGGUGACGCACAGGAACAUGCUGAGAUGGUUCACAAGGGCUUGAUGAUUGAGAGAUCUCUCCUGGUAACAGCAUCUCAGUGCCAGCAGCCAUCAGAGAGUAACCUCUCAACGCUCAUGAAACCCAUUUCAGACCAAAUCCAAGUGGUGCAGAACUUCAGGGAGCAGAAUCGUGGCAGCAAACUCUUCAACCACCUAUCAGCUGUCAGUGAAAGCAUCCCAGCCCUAGGCUGGGUGGCCAUGGCUCCAAAGCCUGGCCCCUAUGUGAAGGAAAUGACUGACGCUGCCAUGUUUUACACCAACCGGGUCCUCAAGGAGUACAAAGAUGUAGAUAAGAAGCAGGUGGACUGGGUCAAAGCUUAUUUGAGUAUCUGGGCGGAGCUGCAGGCUUAUAUCAAAGAAUAUCACACCACUGGACUGGCCUGGAGCAAAACGGGUCCUACAGCCACACAAGUGGCUGGCAUGCCUCCUGCUCCUCCUCCCUUUGCCCCNNNACCCCCUCCUGCUCCCAUCUCCACAAACUCCAGCGCUGAUGACCCUGCCUCCCGCUCAGCUCUGUUUGCCCAGAUUAACCAGGGAGAAGGCAUUACCUCUGGCUUGAAACACGUUUCAGAUGAUAUGAAGACCCACAAGAAUCCAGCACUGAAGUCUCAAGGUGGCUCCAUGCGAACAGGCCCCAAACCAUUCACGGCUCCCAAACCAGUCUGUGCUGCUAGUCCAUCCCAAAAAAUAGCUCCAAGAAAGGAACCACCAGUGCUAGAGCUAGAGGGCAAGAAGUGGAGAGUGGAAAACCAGGACAAUGCCUCCCACCUGGUGAUUGGUGACACAGAGCUGAAGCAAGUAGCAUAUGUUUACAAGUGUGUGAACAGUACAGUCCAUAUCAAAGGCAAGAUCAACUCCAUCACAGUGGAUAACUGUAAGAAACUAGGUUUGGUGUUCGACGACGUGGUGGGCAUCGUUGAGAUCAUCAACAGCAGGGAUAUCAAAGUGCAGGUAAUGGGUAAAGUGCCAACAAUUUCCAUCAACAAGACAGACGGUUGCCAUGUUUAUCUGAGCAAGAGCUCCCUAAAGUGCGAGAUUGUUAGUGCCAAGUCCUCAGAGAUGAACAUCCUCAUCCCCACAGAGGAGGGUGACUUCAACGAGUUCCCUGUCCCUGAACAGUUCAAGACUGUGUGGAAUGGGCAGAAGUUGGUGACCACUGUGACAGAAAUUGCUGGCUAAGCAGAACAUGGGCCCACCUGCCCUGCCCUGGCCCUGCUGUGGGACAAAUCUGCUUUCAGAUGAUUCUUAGAUUUCCUGUACCUUUCUGCUCUCAAACUGCUUCUCUGUCCUCUACCUGAGAGACACGGCUACCUGCCUUCACUGAAAUACCUCAGGCUGGGAUUUGGUGUAGGGUGGCGGGUCGAUUGAUCAUCCGCAUCUAUCAGCGGGAAGGUGCAUUCUUUUUCCUCCUCCCACCCCACCUCCCUGUCCCCCUUGUUGGAUCUAACCACAUCAGUUAAUCAUGUCUGCCUUCUGGUGACUGUCAGAGCCAGUAUUGGUGGUUGGCUUUCAGAUUGUUGUUGGGGUUUUUUGUAUUAACUUCAAGCAAAUUGUUAGUGUGAGAGGAGUGUUGUCCCUUUAAGUUAAUAAGGGUGUCCAUGUCAGGCGCCAGAGGCCCCAGCUGGGCAAGCUGAUUUGGCUGAUAUUUCAGGAAGGUGCUGGGAGCUGCUACUAACUCCAGCUGUGUGUACUAAUCAGUCAGGGGCAUUAUGAUGCAGGACUAGGCAUGUUGCCAGACCAAAGGCUGAGGACUGGGGCACAUAGCAUUCCACCUCGAGUUUCCCCUUCAGCAAUCUUAUUUGCUCAGCGUAAUUCUGUUUGUGCCAAGACCUGAGGCUUUACAGUAACAGGUGCCACAGGAAAUCUGCAGUGGAAUACACCAGCCCUUUACAGCCUGGCUGGUGGUUAGAAACUGAGUGCUCCCUUCCAUAAGCCCUCCUUUAAAGGGAAUCUUUAUCCAAAAGGGUCCCUUUCUAAGCAGCUGAACUCAAGUUCAGUCUUCCAGGACAGUUCUUCUGAACCUGUCUCCUUCCUAGUGAGGAAUAUUUCUUUAUUCAUUCCAAGUUCAGUAUUUAAGUAUUGUAGACACCUGAGUUGGACCAAGUUGGUUCCAUCAUUCCAUUGCUGUACAUGCAGUUACUGUAGAGUGGAAUUGUUCUGCCUCUCCCCUUCCCGGCUGCUUGACUCUUUACUUUGCUGGAAGCUUGCAGCCUCUGUCCUGAGGCCCUGGGACAGCUCUAAGACGCAGUACAGUACUGCCCCCUCGAGGGAACUGUGCAUGCUUGACUUUCAUGUUUCCAAUGCCACAGAUGGCACACACAGCUCUCACUGCAUUUCCUCUGCCCCAGGGUUUGGUUUUAUUUUUUUUUCCCACUCUUUUUCCCCAUUUAGGGAUGAAACUUAAAGAUAUGCAAAUUUUUUUAUUAUUUUGAGACUGUCCUGUGACUUGUACUCAUCUUCUCCUGAGGCUUGUGGAAAAACCUUUCUUAUGUACUUAAAAUUAUACAGAAAAUAGAAUAAAGUUAAUGCCAACUUGC